GAGCGAAUGAACGCCUCCCUCCAUCCUCCUGAUGAACAUGUAAAAAAUACAGACCACCAAAGGGCGUCCAUCUUUUGGGUUAACGAAGGAGAUUAAACGCGCGCGUCUGAUGAUAAGAUUACAAAUCUGGCUAAUCUAGGGCUGGAUUAGCCUGGUGAUCUGUCGCUGAUCCGGAUCGCGUUCCCUCCGAGAGGCAGACCAAAGGGAUGCGGGGAUGUUUCGGGGACUCUGCCAUGGAUGCCCGUGAACUGAUGAGAGUCCUCUUUCAUUCUCGUUCUGGAUAAUUUGAGAAUCGUUCGACUUCGUCAUGGUUUGGUUGCGGAGAUUCCUGCAGAUGUCGGUGCUGCUCUUCCACAGCAGGUGGUGGGUGGUCGAGCCGAGCCCCACCGAGGAAGGAACGCUCCGGAGCGGCCACGGGGAGCACGGAGAGCCGGGCCACCAAGAGCCUCACAAGGACUCCUACAGCACCUUUGCCUCGGAGUUCCUGGAGUCUAGAUAUCUGUCUGAUGACGGUUAUCCGUUCCCCACCGCCCCGCCAGUCGACCCGUUCGCCAAAAUCAAAGUCAGCGACUGUGGAGUAACCAAAGGCUGUAUCAGAUAUGGAAAACCUGGGUGUGACGCGGAGACGUGUGAAUACUUUCUGAGUUAUCGUCGCAUCGGGACGGAUGUGGAGUAUGAGAUGAGUGCUGACACAGACGGAUGGGUGGCUGUAGGUUUCUCAUCUGACAAGAAAAUGGGGGGAGAUGACGUGAUGGGGUGCGUGCAUGAUGAUAACGGACGUGUGCGGAUUCAUCACUUCUACAACGUCGGCCAGUGGGCCAAAGAGAUCAAGAGAAACCCAGCUCGGGAUGAAGAGGGGAUUUUCGAGAACAACCGAGUGACUUGUCGCUUCAAGAGACCUUUAUACGUUCCCCGAGAGGAAACGCUGGUGGACCUGCACCUGUCAUGGUACUACCUGUUUGCGUGGGGCCCUGCCAUUCAAGGCUCCAUCACGAGGCACGACAUCGACAGUCCUCCGGUCAGCGACCGCAUGAUCAGCAUCUACAAGUACGAGGACAUCUUCAUGCCCUGCACAGCCUAUCAGACCUUCAGCUCCCCCCUCUGCCUGCUGCUCAUCGUCGCUCUCACCUUCUAUCUGCUCAUGGGAACGCCAUAAGGAGGCAGAAGAGAAGAAAAGAAAUGAAGCAAUAAGAAAUGAAGCUCCCAUUUCUACCUGGAACCACACGGAAAUGCACAAAAAACUACAAACGCUCUUGACAAUUAAUCAAACAAAUACAAUAGAUAAGUCAUUUAUAGGUGAUAUGUCAGCAUAGUACUAGAUUAGAAUAGUUGAUCAAGUUUAACACUUUUAGACAGCUUCUUUUAUUUUGAAAGAUUCUGUAUGCCAGUAAAUAAGUAUUUCAAAUCUUUGAAACGCUGCAUGGAAUCCAAAAGAAACCCCCAUGGACUGAAAACCGGCUGCUGAGUGAUGACUCAUGGUGAACUUGGCUGAAACUCAAAGACUUUUUGAGGAUGAAAGGAAAUAAAAGAACUCACAAGCGCACUUCCGGCACAGAUAACCCGCUAUGUUUAUGUGGACGACAGCCAAAUAUUCUCCGUCACCCGCAGAGACUGUUUCUAUCAGAGUUUUUUGGCCCUGUGGCUGCAACUGAAAAAGAGAGACAAAGACUGAUACAUAAGCAAUAAACUGAAGCAAAACGGACUAAAAAAAUAUUCUUGUAGCAUUUUGAUUCCUCUGGAAAAUGUAUGAAUAUGUUAAGAUGCCAAACAGUGUUUUCAUGGAAUGGUGAACAUUUUAAAAUGAAAAGUCAAGAAAGCAUAAAGUAUAACACUUCUGUGGAUUUAUGUGACUUUACCAGUAUGAGGCCAAACAGUAUCUAUAAAAAUGUGCUUGUCGAGCAAAUACCUUA